AUGUUAAAUCAUAACCAAGAAGAAAAUGAUAUUCAAGAAAUAAUAUCUGAUACUGAUUCAGAAACGGAAUCAGAAUCUGAUUCAGAUUCAGAGAGGAAUAAAGGAAAAUUCAGACAUAAUAGUAGAUUUGAAUCAUGUAAAAGAUUUAAAUCAAAAGCAAGUAAAUUUAAUAUUAAUAAUAGAAAAGAAGUUAUUGAAAUUAGUGAUGAUGAUGAUACAGAAGAUGAAGAUCUUCAAAAAGCAAUAGCAUUUUCUUUAGGUACAACUACUAUCGGAAAUAAUAAUAAUAAUAAUCGUUCACAUAUAUUAUCAAUGAUUAGAAAUAAAAAUAAUUCUUCACCACCUUUACUUGAAAAUUCAAUUGAUAGAAAUCAAUUUUAUUCAAAUAAAAAAUCAUCAUCAUCAUAUAAUAAUUUUAACAAUAAUUUUAAUAAUAAUAAUAAUAAUAAUAAUAAUAAUAAUAAUAAUAAUAAUAAUAAUAAUAAUAAUAAUAAUAAUAAUAAUAAAAAUAAUAAUAGUAAUAAUAAUAAUAAUAAUAAUAAUAAUAAAGAUAAAAAAGAGAGUGGUACAAUUAUUGGUGGAGUUUUAAUUGAUAAAAAUGAGAAUUAUAAAUUUAAACCAAAUUCAUUUUAUUUAAAUUCAACAAAUGAACAACCUAGAAUUUGUACAAUUAAUACAUUAUCAUUUAAAGAUUUAAUAAAGAAACCGGGAAUGGUUGGAGCAUUGGUAAGUGGAUUUGCACUUGAUCCAGAAUGGGUAAUAAAAGAGAUACGAAAAGAACAUGGUAACAAAGUUAAAUUUACAUUUGUAAAGAAUUAUAGUAAACCUGAAACAAAAGGUCGCCAUGCUAUUAAUGAUUUCAUUACAGUUAUUAAUCCACCAUUAUUUAAUUAUCAACUAUAUCAUUCAAAAUUAAUGAUUUUCACGUUUGUUGAUUUAGUUAGAGUUGUAAUACCAUCUUCAAAUCCAACAAAAUUUGAUUAUUCAGGUUGGGGUCAAACAAUUUGGUUUCAAGAUUUUUUAAAAAAACAACCAAACAAUAAUAAUAAUAAUAAUAAUAAUAAUAAUAAUAAUAAUAAUAAUAAUAAUAAUAAUAAUAAUAAUAAUAAUAAUACAACAACAACCACAACAACAACUACUACUACUACUACAACUGCAACUGCAACAAAUAAUUCAAAUUCAAAUUCAAAUAAUGAAUUGGGUAUUGAAUUUUUAAAUGGUUUAAAACACUUUUUAAAAAGUUCUGGUGUUGAAGAGUUUGCUUUUUUGGAUGAUUUUGAUUAUUCAAAUUGUGCAGUUAAAUUAAUAACAUCAAUCCCAGGAAUUUAUAAAUUAGAAAAAUCAAAUGGUAAUAAUAAUAAUAAUAAUAAUAAUAAUAAUAAUAAUAAUAAUAAUAAUAAUAAUAAUGGUAAUGAUGAAAAUGUUGAUAAAACAAGUUCAAGUUUUGGUAGUGGUAUUUAUACAUUACAAAAAUAUUUAAAUCAAUAUUACAAGGAUCAAGAAAAUAAUACAGUAGUAAAUGAAAAUCAAUCACCUCCAUAUAAAUAUGUAAAGGAUUUAUAUUGUCAAACAUCAUCUUUAGGUGGUGAUAGAAGUGAUUUUAGAAAUGUUUUUACAAAUUACGUACUAUGCAAUAAUCAAAAUCAAAAUUCAAAUAAUCAAAAAAGAAAUAAAAGUGUAUUGAGUGACAAGCCAUUACAUAUUAUUUUUCCAACUAAAAAUUGGAUAAGAGGUAAUCCAAUUAGAGCUAUGACUUCAGGUUGUUUAUUUUUAUCAGUUAAAAACUAUGAUAAUGAUAAUUCAUCUUUUAGUCAUUUUUCUUCAAAAUAUUUUUAUCGUAAAGAUUUAGUUCAUCAUAGUAAAAUUAUGGUUGGUACAACUACCUUAAAAUCAUCAUCAUCAUCAUCAUCAUCAUCAUCAUCAAAAAAUAAUAAUAAUUAUAAUAAUAAUGAUGAUAGAAUAAAAUAUGAUUGGGUAUAUACUGGUAGUCAUAAUUUUUCUUUAUCAGCUUGGGGUGCUUUCCAAAAGAAUGAAAGUCAAGUAUCAAUUUCAAAUUUUGAAAUUGGUGUUUUAUUAUUGAAUCCAAAUCCAUCAUUAAAUGAUUUCACUUUACCUGAUUGGGUGAGAAAUAUUCCUUUCAAUAUACCAUCAAAUUUUUAUAAACCAAAUGAAGUUCCAUUCAUUCAAGAAGUAGAAUUUAAUUAA